UUCCCGCGGACGGGGCGAACUUAAAUGGCGCCCCAGUCUAUCGUGUUCCGCACGAAGCCACGGUGAAGUGGAAGAGAACGCCGGAGGAGGAGGGAGCGCAUAACUAGUUUGAUCUCCAACUCGGCACUUUUUACCUUAAAGUUGGCACCUUUGAUCGGUUUUCCGCUGCCUUGGAGUCGGACAUCAUCAUCGGUUUCAUUUGUGUGGGAUUUCGUCUGGGGAUUUUGCGGGAGGAUGGCGAACAUCGACAUCGAGGGGAUCCUGAAGGAGCUGCCAAGCGACGGGCGCGUGCCGAAGACGAAGAUCGUGUGCACGCUCGGGCCGGCGUCGAGGUCGGUGCCGAUGCUGGAGAAGCUGCUCAGGGCGGGCAUGAACGUCGCCAGGUUCAACUUCUCGCACGGGACACACGAGUACCACCAGGAGACCCUUGACAACCUCAGGGUCGCCAUGCACAACACCCAGAUCUUGUGCGCCGUCAUGCUCGAUACCAAGGGGCCUGAGAUUCGCACUGGCUUCCUGAAGGAUGGCAAACCUAUCCAACUUACAGAGGGUCAAGAAAUCACAAUUAGCACGGAUUACAGCAUCAAGGGCGAUGAGAACAUGAUUUCUAUGAGUUAUAAGAAGCUUCCUUUAGACUUGAAACCUGGGAACAGCAUCUUGUGUGCGGAUGGUACAAUAACCAUGACUGUGCUGUCAUGUGACCCAGGUGCUGGAACCGUGAGAUGCCGCUGUGAGAAUACUGCAAAGUUAGGUGAGAGGAAGAAUGUCAAUUUGCCUGGUGUUGUGGUGGAUCUCCCUACACUGACAGAGAAAGAUAAGGAAGACAUCCUAGGAUGGGGUGUUCCUAACAAUAUUGAUAUGAUUGCACUGUCGUUUGUCCGUAAAGGUUCAGAUCUUGUUACCGUUCGGAAGGUUCUAGGACCAAAUGCAAAAAGCAUAAAAUUAAUGUCAAAGGUUGAGAACCAGGAGGGUGUGAUUAAUUUCGAUGAUAUACUAAGGGAGACAGAUGCCUUCAUGGUUGCUCGAGGUGAUCUUGGGAUGGAGAUACCCGUCGAGAAAAUUUUCCUUGCUCAGAAGAUGAUGAUUUACAAAUGCAAUCUUGCUGGAAAACCUGUUGUCACAGCCACUCAAAUGCUCGAAUCCAUGAUCAAGUCCCCUCGCCCAACUCGUGCUGAGGCCACCGAUGUUGCCAAUGCUGUUCUAGAUGGCACGGACUGUGUCAUGCUCAGUGGUGAGAGUGCAGCCGGUGCAUACCCAGAGCUUGCAGUAAAAAUCAUGGCGCGGAUAUGCAUCGAGGCUGAGUCCUCCCUUGACUAUGAAGCCAUCUUUAAGGAGAUGAUUAGAUCUACUCCUCUUCCUAUGAGCCCAUUGGAGAGCCUUGCUUCAUCUGCAGUUCGCACAGCUAACAAAGCGAGAGCCACAUUGAUCGUCGUCCUGACUCGCGGUGGCACCACAGCCAAGUUGGUUGCCAAGUAUCGGCCUAGAGUUCCAAUCCUAUCAGUGGUGGUUCCAGUGCUGACAACCGAUUCAUUCGACUGGAGCGUCAGUGAUGAGGGCCCUGCAAGGCACAGCCUUAUCUAUAGGGGUCUUGUUCCCCUGCUGGCUGAGGGUUCUGCCAAGGCUACUGACUCGGAGUCGACGGAGAUGAUCUUGGAGGCAGCACUCAGGUCAGCAGUGGAGAAACGACUUUGCAAGCCAGGAGAUGCAGUUGUUGCACUGCACCGCAUUGGCGUUGCAUCUGUCAUAAAGAUCUGCAUCGUGAAAUGAUUUGCAAAUGUUAGAAAACUACUGCAACUUAUCCUGCUGAUGAUUUUGCUAUCAAUUUGCUGCCUUUAUGUGUUGUAGCAACAGCUUACAGGCAAGUUCUUACUUGUCAUAAUGAGUUGGGAAUUAGAGGGAUCCAUUUUACUUGAAGAGUUACAUCUUGUUUUAUGUAUUUUCAUGGAUUCCAUGCUUUUUAAGCAAUUAAAGAGGCAAUUAAUGAAGAUUGAAGUUUGUGAUUG